CCCAUCUUGGUAUGUGUAAAGAUGUUAAUUAAAAGGUUGUUCGUACGGUGCCAAGAAAAAGUGGCCAACUUGCUUGUGGGAACAUAAGAGAUCCCCAAUCGCAACAUCGGAGUAUUUUUGUGUCUUCAAGGUCUGAGUAGCCUCCCAUUUUCUCACGAACACCAACAACAGACCCAUAAACGCCCGUUGCCGUGCAAUCGAAAAAAAGCAGCGUAACGAUGGCAACCCUCGAUGAUGACUCAACCGCCGGCUCUAGUUCUGGAAAUACUGGCACCGACCCAGAGCCUACGGUCAUACCACGGGGUCACAAUGAUUCCGAUUCUCCGUCAACGGUAGAAGUCGACCAUACCGUAUUGUCAUCGACUGAGCAAGUGGUUUAUGAACCAACGAGUCCUGAUCGAGCUUACCAGCUUGAGAUGUUGGAAGUAAGCCUCAAGCAGAAUAUUAUUGUAACGAUGGACACAGGUAGUGGCAAGACACGAGUUGCUGUACGUCGAAUACAAGCCGAGCUUGAACGCUCCCCUCCCGGCAAGAUCGUUUGGUUCUUGGCUUCAACGGUUGCCCUCUGUUCUCAGCAAUUCUCAGUCCUCGAGAAAGCAAUCCCUGCUGUGCAAACCAAGUUUAUCAGCGGCGAUGAUGGUGUGGACACCUGGACUAACCAAACACUAUGGGAUGCAUUCCUGAAAGACACAAGUAUUGUCGUCUCCCCACACCAAGUGCUGCUUGACGCCCUGUCUCACACUUUUGUACGGAUGGAAAAACUCUCCCUGAUAGUGUUCGAUGAAGCACACAAUUGUGUUGGAAGACAUCCCGGCAGUAAAGUGAUGGCCUUUUACAGAGACUCCAAGGAUGCUGGCCUUCCGAUCCCCGCAAUACUGGGCCUAACCGCGAGCCCAAUCAUGAGAUCUUCUCUUGACUAUCUGGAGGUUAUAGAGAGGACACUGGACUCUGUGUGCAAAACUCCCGCCAUGCACAAGACGGAAUUGCUGUCUCACGUGAAUCAUCCAUCCAUCUCCUGCGUAAAAUACGGCCCCCAAAUGGAUGAGAGCUAUACGCCAACUAUGAAAAGCUUGGACUGCGUUGCUCUGGGUCUCGACAUUUUUCAAGAUCCUUAUAUCAUACAUUUGAUGGUGGAGAACACGGAACGCAGUCGGAUAGCUCUCGCAAAAGCCCUCGAAAAGGAAGAUACAAAUAUUUUCAAUCAGGUGAGGAGACUCCAACGGAAAAGCGCGACUGUCCGACGCGAGCUCGGAGAGUGGGCAGUAGAUUUCUUCCUCUCGACCGCAGUGGCUCAGUUUCUUGAUUCGGUCGGCAAGGAAGACGCAACGUUCGCGACAUGGCCGGUCAAGGAGAAAACUUAUCUAGCAAGCCUUUUGCAGAAAGUUGAGACAACUGUUCCUUCAUCACCUGAUGAUAUGAAGGUGUCUCCCAAGGUGGCCAUGCUCUUGGAGGUUCUCCUCUCUCGCCAGCAAGAUGCGCUUGGUAUUGUUUUUGUGAAAGAGACAGCCACCGUCGCUGUCCUGGCUCGCCUAUUGUCGGUCCACCCUCUCACACGAGACCGUUUCCGAGUCGGAUCUGUGUGUGGGACUUCUCGGCACGCUCAACGACGAAGAAAUGUCGGAGAGUUGAUCCGUGGAGACGAUGAUGACCUUCGGGACUUCCGUUCUGGCAAGAUCAAUCUCCUUAUAGCUACAAAUGUGCUUGAAGAAGGCAUUGAUGUGCCAGCAUGCAACCUGGUGAUCUGCUUCGAUGAGCCAGCGAACCUGAAGUCUUUUAUCCAACGCCGUGGAAGAGCCAGGAUGCAAAAGUCGAAUCUCGUCCUAUUAAUGGACGAUCCAGAUUCUAGCCGUCAUACCCAAUGGCAAGAACUCGAACAAGGUAUGAAGAGAAAAUAUGAGGACGAAUUGAGGGAAAUUAAGGAACUGGACAGCCUGGAUGAUUCCAAUGAGGAAUCUUACGUCGGUCCCUAUUACGUUCCACGAACCGGAGCGAAACUGGACAUGGACCAGGCAAAGCCUCACCUGGAACACUUUUGUGCUGUGCUUGGAUCACGGCAAUUUGUUGACUGGAGACCGUACUAUGUGAUGCAUAAGGUCUGGCACCCGAAGUCCAGGCUUCCUCAGAUGAAGGCAACCGUCGUGUUGCCCAUAUCUUUACCGAGAGAGCUUCGCCGGGUGGACGGAGAAAAUUUUUGGUAUUCUGAGAAGAAUGCAAGCAAGGAUGCGGCGUUUCAGGCUUACGUUUCUCUUCACAAAGCCGGUCUUGUCAAUGACUAUCUUCUGCCUUUGGAUGAUAGCGAGCUGCUCGAGGGAGUCGAAACGAGACCACCCAUGGCUUUUUUCAGGCCCCUGUGGAUGCCGUGGCCUCAAGUUGCACAGGGCUGGACCGAAGCUGGGGUAGACUCGCUCCUUUAUCAACGUCCGAUCAAGGUCCUAGAUCAGGGACAGAUACUAUGCGAGUUCGAUAUGGUGCUACCCCUUGCGAUUCCUCAUAUCCCAGCUUUCAAUGUUUACAGGGAAAAACACUCAUCAUGGAAGGUAGAGUUCGGCGAAUUGAGCAGAGCUGCCACAAGUAAAGAGGACCAGACAAUGAGACUGAUUGAUCUGGCAUACGGACACCGCAUUGCGUUGAAAGAGAAUGACCAGCAUGUCGUGCAAUUUCGUUCUCGAUCUCAAGCUAUGGACGUGGACCACCUUGGAAACCAGCAGCUCACUCAAGAGCUAGUUACGAGUUUUGGCAGUAAUUUCCCAUAUCUGAUUCGAGAUACCUUUCGAAACCCAUACUUCUUCGAGGACUGGCUGUGCUCCCGGCCGCCUCUCGAUCUAGUCCAGAAUUUUGACAAAUGCUUGAUGGAACAUCCAACUGACGUUCCAUGGCUAUCACUUCGCAAGUGGUCUCGGCGUCAGGACUUCCUGCAUCCCAUCCCUGACAAUCCCGGAGUAAUUUCUUCCAAGCCAUACAAGCGCAUCUGGCCAGCCUCUCUCUGCACUAUUGAUACUUCUGACAUUCGAGAUCUCCAAUUUGGCUCAUUGAUACCCUCAAUCACGCAUAUGGUUGAGAUAUACCUCGUCGCCAGUCAACUGUCCGCAACGAUCUUGAAGGACCUUGCUAUCACAAACAUCGAUGCAAUCGUGAGUGCCAUCAGCUCACCUGCAGCGAGAGAAGCUAGCAAUUAUGAGAGAGUCGAGUUCCUUGGCGACUCCAUCCUCAAACUCCUUGCUACAGUUAAUGUGGCUGUUAUCCAUCCAUUGUUCCCUGAAGGCUAUCUCUCGAAAAAGAAGGACCUGAUUGUAUCAAACUCGAGGCUCUGCCGCGCAGCCGAGACGACGGGCCUAACUCAGUUCAUCCUCACCACUCAAUUCACGGGCAAAAAAUGGCGUCCGUUGUAUAUCCAGGACCUGCUAUCCGAGGGUAGCGAAGAGCAAACUAGCUCUCGUCAAGAGUCUACCAAGGUUAUGGCGGAUGUUGUCGAAGCUCUAAUUGGCACCUGUUUUCUGGAAGGCGGCAUGAUGAAAGCCCUGCAUUGCAUUCGAGUGUUCAUUCCCGAGGUCAAGUGGUAUGAUCUCGACACCGGCCGAAAAGUAUUGGCUUCGCGAAGUUCAAAGUCCACCCAUCUUCCAGACUACUUGAUCUCGCUUGAAAAGUCGAUCGGACACUCAUUCCAGAACAAGAAACUGCUGCUUGAAGCGGUAACACAUGGGUCUUUCAGUUUAGGAACAUCCACUGAUUUAUGCAUGGAGCGACUCGAAUUCCUAGGCGAUGCGAUUCUAGACAACAUCGUCAUGUCGGCUCUUUGGGAAUUGAAGUUGUCGGAACAAGACAUGCACCUUCUCCGUACUGCACUCGUCAAUGCGGAUUUGUUAGGCUUCCUGGUCAUGGAGUGGAGCAUCCCACAGACUACCGCACAUGUCAUUGACGGCAGUGUGAUCGAGUCCAUCAAAGAGAAGCCCAUGUGGAAAUUCAUGCGUUUUUCAUCGCCAGAAAUUGUUGCCAGGCAGCAAGCGACUGAGAAACGCCACGCUGAGGAACGGAAGGUCAUCCUCGAUGCCCUCCAUCACAGCCCGACUUACCCCUGGUCUCUGCUCGCGCACCUCAACAUUCCAAAGUUCUUCUCGGACCUGUUUGAGAGCGUAUUGGGUGCUGUCUGGAUGGAUUCAGGCUCAAUGGAUGUAUGCAGGGGAUUUGUUGAGCGCGCAGGGAUCCUAGCCUACAUGAGACGGAUGGUGGAUGAUAAGGUCGAUAUCAUGCACCCCAAGAACAAGCUGGGCGAGCUGGAAGCCACAAAAGUUGUGAAAUACGAGAUACUGAGAUAUCCCGAUACGGGCGACCUUGCUUGCAAGGUCUUUAUUGAUGACGAAUUUGUUGUUGAAGUUGGUGGUGGUGUCAAUAAGGAGGAGAUCAAGACGAAGGCUGCUGAAGCCGCGUACUACAAGAUUCGCAAGAGUUAGCUUUCUUUUUGGAUACAUGAUGCCCUGAGUUUCUUCAUACACUGCCUUUAUUGCUAGACAACGAUGGGCACUUGUGAUGGGAAGUCGCGAGGUGUGCGUUGGACAUAGCUGGCCGUGAUGAAGUGAAAAGGAAGCUUACAGAUUUGCAUAUCACAACGGUUCAAUGCUUUCGUGAGCGUUGUUAAGUGUGUUCAGACACAUGAUACUGGAAUUAAAUUGAG